AUGCCCGAGCCCAAUCCUGAACCGGGAGUGGAUCCUAACGUUCAGGUAGCUGCCGCUAUCCAAUGCAUGACCGACCUUUUGGAUCACGUAGCAGAAUAUCAGGGCCAAAAUCCUAUUAAUCAGCCGGAAAACCCUGGUAAUCAUGUAAAAGGUGAGGAUAGAGCCCUCGAACGAUUUCAGAAGUUCUCCCCACCGAAAUUCAUUAGAGGACCAGACCCAGACGUGGCCGAGAAGUGGUUGGAGAAGAUGAUUGACAUUUUCGCUGCUUUGCACUAUAUGGAGGAGAGACAGAAGAAAAAGGAGGAUGAGUUUAUUCAACUUCGUCAGGGAGCUCAAACUGUAGCGGAAUAUGAGAGCCACUUCACUAGAUUAUCUAAAUUCGCUCCCGAACUUAUUGUGACUGAGCAGAGGCAAAUAAGGUGGUUUGUUCAGGGGCUGAAUGUAGAGAUUCAAAAGGACCUAGAGGUAGCCCAGAUUAACACAUUUGGCAAUGCUGUGGAGAAAGUCCUGCGAGUUGAAAAUGCGAGAUUACAAGUUAGAAAUUUUCAAGCAAAGAAAAGCACUAUUCCUGAAAAUAGCUUAGGGAAAGGGGAUAAGAGCACACCUCUUAAGCUUGGAAGGGGUACCGGAGGAGUACGACUACCGGGGAUGUCAAGAGGUGCCCCAUAG